CCCCGCCAUUUUCAACUGCUUCCAAGCUUCAAUCUUCUCUCUCUCUUACCUUUCUCUCUCUACAGAGCUCGAAUUGCUCGCUAAUGGCGUCCCCCUCUCCUGUCGAAGUCUGCGUCAAGGCCGCCGUCGGAGCUCCUGAGAUCCUCGGCGACUGCCCUUUUAGCCAAAGGGUUCUUCUAACCCUAGAAGAGAAGAACGUGCCCUAUGAGAUGAAGUUGAUUGACGUCAGCAACAAGCCCGAAUGGUUUUUGGAGAUUAGUCCUGAAGGGAAAGUUCCGGUCCUCAAAUGCGACGAAGGGAAAUGGGUCCCUGAUUCCGAUGUGAUCACUCAGAUUUUAGAGGAGAAGUACCCGAGUCCAUCUCUGGCGACUCCACCAGAAUUUGCAUCAGUGGGAUCAAAGAUAUUUUCUUCGUUCAUCAAGUUCUUGAAAAGCAAGGAUCCUAAUGAUGGGUCAGAGCAGGCGUUGGUUGAUGAACUGAGUUCCCUAGACCAACACCUCAAAGACAAUGGACCAUUUAUUAAUGGAGAAGCUAUUUCUGCUGCUGAUUUAAGUCUGGCACCAAAGUUGUUCCAUCUUGAGACUUGCCUUUCCCACUUCAAAGGUUGGAAUGUCCCAGAAAACUUGACUCAUGUUCAUGCAUACAUGAAGCUGCUUUUUGAACAGGAAUCUUUCAAGAAGACCAAAGCUGAGAAGCAGUACGUGAUUGCUGGAUGGGAACCCAAAGUGAAUGCUUGACGUUCUAGUGAGGAACUGAAAUAGUUAUGUAGAAGUUGCUGCGAGCUUUCCUUGUUCUUAGAUGUGUGUGAAUUAUCGUGUCAUCAGAGAACAGAAUGAUCUGGCUAUAAUAAAUAUGUUCUGUCUAAAAACUGUCCCGUGGUGAUAUCAAUCUCAUUCUGAUGUACAUUGACUUCAACAUGAAUAAAUUAUUUUUAUGCGUA